AUACUCUGAUUCACUGAUAAUCAGCUGAUAAUAUUUUGUACCAUUUGCGGUAGCAGACAACUUUACUUACAGUCCAACAGCGUAAUACAUAAAUAAUGAAUACAUAAUAAUAUAAUUGACUACUUGAAUAUAAACACUAUAAACUAAAUGAAAUGUAUUGGUGUGUCGAAAUUCGACACUUGACAGUUGACAAGACUAACAGACUGAUGACACUGCACGGCUCUACAGCAGUUAGAUACAGUCUUUACAAUGACUACAUGUUUUAAAUUAAAAUUCUAACGUCUAAAUCAUUUAUAAUAUAUUGGAACAGUCUUUAAUUUUUAUUUUCCAACACUAUUAUGUAUAUAGAGUAAAAAUAUGUUAUUGGGAAAAUGGCUAAGUUCGAACGACCUAGGAUUUUAUUCUUUACCUGUGGCUUACACCCGAACAAACUUUAUACAAAGUCCAUUCAUAUUUAUUUAGCCAAUGUCAACCUGCUCAUGCACAAUUUGUGCUACUUCGUCAAGAUACUUCUAUCAACAAAAUCUACAUACUCGGCAAAAAUUACAGCUCUUAAACCAUUAAAAGUAUUGAUGAGCGCGGUUCCGUUAGAAGUAAUUGAUAAUGGAGAUACACACACAUUCUUAUUCCAACAAACUGUUCCUGUACAGUCAUAUUUAAUAGCCCUAGCUAUUGGCAUUCUAGCCAGUAAAACAUUAAGUCCUGUAUCAAAACUUUGGUUUGAACCUGAAGAAAUUGAUAAAAAUAUAUAUGAAUUUGAACAAACACCGAACUAUUGAGAAUUGUUGAAAGUGUAUGUGGUCCUUUUGUUAGAAAAAUGUAUGACUUACUUGUUAUUUUAUCUUCAUUUCCUUUUGGUGGUAUGGAAAAGCUGUUUUUGACUUUAAUCACUUCCACACUACUAGUAAGUUAGGUAAUAUCAAAGAUAAUAUAUUUAUAGUUAACUAAUAUAGGAUGAAAAUAGGAGUCUUGUAAAUGUUGUGGCUUAUGACAUAGCACAUAGUUGGACUGGCAACUUAACAUUCUGAAUAUUUUUGGAUGAAUGAAGGAUUUACAGUUUAUGUGGAACGCAGAAUACAUGGAUUAUUGAAUGGCGAGAGUUCUAGAGAAUUUGCUGCAUUACUUGGUCUUGAAGAUCUAAAAUAAUCUGUAAAUAUUUACUAGGUAAUGCUUCUAUGACUAUUUUUACUAAAGAAUCAUAACAAUAAAAAUAACUAUUAUUGUAGGUUAAUAAUUUAGGAGCAUAAAAUCUAUUAACAAAGUUAAUAGUUGAUUUAACUGGUAUUGAUCCAGAUGAUGCUUUUACUAUUUAUCCUUAUGAAAAAGGUCAUACAUUCUUGUUCUAUUUAGAAAAGCUGUUAGGAGCUGGUAAAGAUGUUUAAUUUAGAACUAACUGUAUGGGUUUCUCAUUUCUGAACAAAAAAAUAUUUCAUAGUCAAAUUUUAAAUAUUUUUCAAAUCCUAUUUAGAAAAAUGCAAGUAUUAGUCUGUUGGUACGAAAGAUUUUUAAUCAUAUUUGCCACAUUAUUUCCUGGGAGGAUGGUGCCAUCUUAAAAAUAGAUUGGGAUUUAUGGCUAUAUACUUGUGGUAUGCCUCCAAUAAUACCUUUGUAAGUAUCUAUUUAGUUAAGUGACAUGGGAAAAUAUGUAGGUAAAUAAAAGUUUAAUGUUUAUAGGUAUUAUUUAAUAAUUUUAAAGAUUCUAUCCAAGUUAUUAAGAUGCAUGUAUCUCUUUGUUAAACCGCGGGGAACAAUGGGAUGAUACUGUCGUACUGGUGACAAUUUUAAGAAUUCUGAUUUGAAUAAAUUUUAAACAACAUAAAUUAUACAAUUUUUAGCUUUGGUUUUGAAAUUAAAUAACUUUACUUUGUUAAAAGUAAAAGCUAGGCAAGAGGUUUAUGAUUUUAACAGUAAUGGAAACUACAAAAUUGUAUUUAGAUAAGAACUAAACUAAAAAUAUGUAUUGUAACAAUUGUAAAUUUUAAGAAAAUAAUUUAGACGUUAUAAAUAAUACCCAUGUUUACUUCUAUCUAGUGACUCAGAACAUGUGUAAAAUUGAAGUGGAUCGAAUAGUUGUAACUCAUAUUAAAAUUUAUUUAUACCACUGGAAGUCUGGAAGAAUAAAAUAUGUUUGUCCUUUAUACAAGUGGUUAUUUUCAAAUUAUAUUUUGAUUACCAGUUAAAAAAAAAAUUAUCGAUACAUUUUUUUUCUACCUAUUUAUU